UCAUCCGUGGAAGGCCGGGAAAUGAGCGAGACCGCCUUACGAGGACGACAGCCCGGAAGCACUUGCGCCUUACCAGCCUGCCCGCCUGCCAGUAUGGAGUAUGGGAAGCGAGAAGGAAGGAGGGCGGAAGUGCGACGGCGGAACCCUCACCUCACGCGUCCCAUUCCGGGCGGAGAUGGGAACGACUGGAAGGACGACGUCCCGUUACUUUUUUUUCAUUCUCAUCCCAGCAACUAUUCUCAUUCGGCAAACCAUACACACUCCCACUCCCUUCGGCAACCCGCAAUGCCCACCCCAACCUCAAUCUACAUCUCCCCCUCCCCCCAAUCCCCCCACUCCUCCCUUCCCCUCCCUCUCCCCCUCCCGCCCCUCCUCUCCCCGCUCCUCUUCACCCCAGACACAGACUCCCUCUCACCCACCCACGCCCCCGCAACACCCACAACAACCCCCGCCCAACUCCGCGACGCUCUCGCCCCUUUACUCACACUCCAAAUCGGGCCCGCGUUGGAUAGAGCACUUGGACACGAUCCACGGGCGGUGGGGAGACUUUGGAAGGGCGUGGUGGACAGUAGGGUUGAGAGGGAGGCGGGUGGGAGUGGCGGGGUUAGGGAGAGGGUUGCGAGGGGGCUCGUGGAGAGUGUGAAGAGGGUGUGUGGGCUGGAGAUUUUGGAGGAGAAUGCGAAGAUGAUUGUUGAGGCUUAUUCUUUGGAUACGGGCGUGGUCGAUGGCAUGGAUACCGCUGAGGCGUUUAUUCUGGAUCUUAAGGGCGGCCUCUCAACGACCCGUCUCACCCUCCUCCACACCCUGCACGCCCUCAUCACCUCCCACUGCACUUCCCAACCCCUCAUCCAACCGGACACAUCCACCUCACACCCGGACCUCCCACCACCACCAACGACUUCACAACGCCCAACAAAAACGUUCCUUCAAGCCGCCCAAUCCCUCUUCACACCCGCCGCGCACCCGCGCGUCCGAACAGGGCAUGUAAGCGCCGAACAGAUGCGGGCGGAGGUGUUUGGGUAUUGGCGAAGGGGGAAGAGCCGGGGAGGGAGUCGGGUGGGGCUUGAUCUUGACGGGGAUGGUAAAAAUGCGACUACUACAACAAAUAUAAAUGUGAGGGAGGAGGAGAUCACACCCGCCGACUGGACAUACUCCCACCUCUCCACGCCCUACACGUCCGCCUAUAGCGCCGCGCACGAUGAUGAGGCGUUUGAGCGGAUUCUGGUGCUUUGUUGGCCCGGGCUGGGUGAGGCUGCCGGGAUUGAGAGAUACGUAGAUGGUGGGGAAGGUGGGGAGGGCGAGGCGAAAGGGGAGCGGGAGGAGGAUGUGAUGGGGAGUAUUGGGAUGCGGAAGAAGAGGGUGUUGGCGAGACGGGUUAGGCGGUUGAAUGCGCUUGUAUCAGACGCCCGCCGCUUCCGCACAGCCCUCGACCUCAUGAUCCUCCGCCACCCGCCCUCCCUUCCCCACAAACCCUCCGUCACCACCAACCCCUCCCUCCCGCCACCCCCCACAUCAACAACAACCCCCUCCCCGACCUCCCCCUCCGCCCCCAUGGCCCCCCGCGAACUCAAGCAAGGCCUCCUAAACCCCUUACUGGACCGCACCUUCAUCCACAAUGUCGUCAGGGGCCUGUACGACCUCGCUCAGUGUCCGCUCACCUCCCCCGCCUCCACCUCGGAUGCGCCCAUAACACCCGCAGAAGACCUCAGCACCCUCGACAGCAUCUACCGCCGUCUUCUCCGCGAAACCGCCUCGCGCUCCCACAGCAACAGUAACAACGCGGCAGUGACGCUGGCGGAUGUGGAGUGGGCGUUGAAGGGCGCGGUGAGGAAGGAGGUGGGGUUCUUGGAGUAUUGUGUUGUUGCAAGGGUUUGGGGGGGAUAGAUAUGUGGGUCGGUGAUGUCGUUGCUGGGAUUUUGGGUCUGCCGAUCGAUUCAAUAUCCUGCUGCGGUGUUGUUUGGAUGGGAGUAUACGGAAGAGGGUGAAUCAUGCAACGACGUUUUGGUUGUUGAUAAAUUGAAUAUGAACAUGUUGAUACCAUCUACGCAAUACACGAAAUUGAGAAUCGAUGAAUGAGAAUGAUUUGAUGUCGCCAAGGUCGCUAUGCCGAAUAUAGGUUCCACGUAGACUAAGGGGGGCGACCCAGCAUGCAUGUUUCUGAUUAUGUGGGUCUGCGUCGGUCUUCCGGGCAGUCCCUAGUAAUCG